GAAAAACUAUGAGCAUAAAAAUGAACACCCCUGUUACAGCCUAUAAUACUGUGUCUAACAUACUUGUCGGUGUGCCUUUGCGUUUUGGUUUGGCUUUUGGUGUGCCUUAGCACAAAAAAAGGCUGAGAACCUCUUGGUCUAAUGUAUGAUGGUACUGCACUAAUGACAGCCAUAUUAAAUAGCUCUAUGCUUAUCUUCACACAAAUAAAUGUUGAAGUGUGGGAUGAAAUGUGCUUUUAUUUCAGGGAGUACUUAGAAGCUUGUAUUGAAUGAUGAAAACAUUGUCCAGCUGCUAUAGAAGAGAGCGGAAGCAACAGUCUUUUUACUUGGUCUAUGACUCCCCCUUGCUCCUCAAAAUGUGGAGCGAGGACACCCUCCCCUUUAAUCCAAAUUUGAUGCAUUACAUGGGAAAGUACCAGAUCAGAAAAGUGUCUCGCUGCGCAGACAGGAAUCGUUGCACUCUUCCUUAACACAAGGGGGCAGUGUGGAGCCUACUUCAGAGCUGGCGCUAGUAUCUGCAUAGCUCCCACUGCAGAAGGGACUAGGGAGCAUAUGUGUCACUAGCAUUUUCCAGAAGAGGGAUUUAUGGCGUUCGGGACACAACCAACUCCGUUUGUUUAUUUUAUAUGAAUGAUAGUGUCAUCAGUGCCACCGGCGAGGCCUGGACGUAAGAUGGCAUCCUGAGAAACUGGCUGACGUGGUCUCGUACUCGAAAUGACGCAUGUUUUUCUUCUCAGUUAGCUAAUAACCGGGAUAUAAGUUGUAUUUCUUUUCUUCACGGUGUUCCAGCUAGCUUAGCUGGCUAGCGGGCUAGCUUUCAGCAUUUUAAAUCCUUGUCACAAGAUAGACCAGGCUACUGUUGAAGAAUUAGCCGACAUCACCGGUAAGAGGAUAUGGAUAACUCGGGGUUCUGCAACGACAACUACAACAGUGGGACUAGUGACGACGAUAUGGUGGAUAUCAGCGGUGCUACCUUGGAUUUCACUGAAGAUGUACCCCCCAUCGAGCGGGACCACUUUGGCGCAGUGUGCAGUAGCAGCGGGGUCACAAAUGGCCAUGCCAAGCUGAUGGACUUGUUGGACGAGGCGGUGCCAGGGGUGGGCACCUACGAGGACUUCAACACCAUCGACUGGGUCCGGGAGAAGUCCAAGGACCGCGACCGACAUCGAGAGAUUGCCAGUAAGAGUAAGCAGUCCACCUGGGCUCUUCUGCACAGUGUGAGUGAUGCCUUCUCUGGCUGGCUGCUCAUGCUCUGCAUUGGCCUGCUGUCAGGUGCGUUGGCGGGUCUCAUUGACAUCACGGCACACUGGAUGACGGACCUGAAGGAGGGCGUGUGUCUGGACGGCUUCUGGUUCAACCACGAGCACUGCUGCUGGACCUCCAAAGAGACCACCUUCCACGAGAGGGACAAGUGUCCGCAGUGGAGGAGCUGGGCGGAGCUUAUGGUCGGAGCCAGCCAGGGGGCGUCGGCCUACAUAGUAAACUACCUGAUGUAUGUGUGCUGGGCGCUGCUCUUUGCUUUCCUGGCCGUGUCUCUGGUGAGAGCCUUCGCCCCAUACGCCUGUGGAUCAGGAAUACCAGAGAUCAAGACGAUCUUGAGCGGCUUCAUCAUCCGCGGCUACCUGGGCAAGUGGACACUGAUGAUCAAGACCAUCACACUGGUGCUGGCGGUGUCGUCGGGGCUCAGUCUGGGCAAGGAGGGCCCGCUGGUACACGUGGCAUGCUGCUGUGCCAACAUCCUGUGCCACCUCUUCACCAAGUACCGCCGCAACGAGGCCAAGAAGAGAGAGGUGCUGUCUGCAGCUGCAGCGGUGGGGGUUUCCGUGGCGUUUGGAGCUCCCAUUGGAGGAGUCCUGUUCAGCCUGGAGGAGGUGAGCUACUACUUCCCCCUGAAGACUCUGUGGCGCUCCUUCUUCGCCGCCCUGGUGGCGGCCUUCACGCUGCGCUCCAUCAACCCCUUCGGCAACAGCCGGCUGGUGCUCUUCUACGUGGAGUUCCACGCGCCCUGGCACCUCCUGGAGCUGGCGCCCUUCGUCCUCCUGGGCGUCUUCGGCGGCAUCUGGGGCGCGCUCUUCAUCCGCGCCAACAUCGCCUGGUGCCGCCGGCGCAAGACCACCUGGCUCGGGCGCUACCCCGUGCUGGAGGUGGUCGCCGUGACGCUGGCCACGGCCCUGGUGGCGUUCCCCAACGAGUACACGCGCAUGAGCGGCGCCGAGCUCAUCUCCGAGCUCUUCAACGACUGUAGCCUGCUGGACUCGUCCAAGCUGUGCGACUACGUGAACGAGGACAGCGGGGCCAACAUCACCAAGGCGCAGAGCAACGAGCUGCCCGACCGGCCCGCGGGCCCCGGGCUCCACAGCGCCCUCUGGCAGCUGGCGUUGGCGCUGGUCUUUAAGAUGGUGCUCACCGUCUUCACCUUCGGUAUGAAGGUGCCCUCUGGUCUGUUCAUCCCCAGCAUGGCGGUGGGUGCUAUCGCGGGGCGCCUGCUGGGUGUGGGCAUGGAGCAGCUGGCCGUCUACCACCACGACUGGCCGCUCUUCAAGGGCUGGUGCAUGAAGGGGGCCGACUGCAUCACACCGGGGCUUUACGCCAUGGUGGGCGCAACCGCGUGCCUAGGUGGCGUGACUCGUAUGACCGUGUCUCUGGUGGUCAUCAUGUUCGAGCUGACGGGCGGUUUGGAGUACAUCGUGCCGCUGAUGGCCGCCACCAUGACCAGCAAGUGGGUAGCAGACGCGCUGGGACGUGAGGGCAUCUACGAGGCACACAUCCGCCUCAACGGCUACCCCUUCCUGGAGCCCAAGGAGGAGUUUGGACAUAAGACGCUGGCCAUGGAUGUGAUGCGGCCGCGUUCGGGCGGCGGGCGGCGAGGGGACCCCCCACUCGCCACGAUCUCUCAGGAGGGCAUGACGCUGGGUGAGGUGGAGUCGCUGGUGGGGGGCACGCAGUACAGCGGGUUCCCUGUGGUCGUGUCGCAGGAGUCCCAGAGGCUGGUGGGCUUUGUGUUCCGAAGAGACCUGCUCAUAUCCAUAGAUAACGCGCGUAAGCACCAGGAGGGUGUGGUGAGCGCCUCGCAGGUGGUGUUCAGUGAUCCCGCACCCCCCCAGGCUGUCAACGGCCCCCCGGCCCUAAAACUGCGCUCUAUCCUGGACCUGAGCCCCUUCACCGUCACCGACCACACGCCCAUGGAGAUCGUGGUGGACAUCUUCCGGAAGCUAGGGCUACGGCAGUGCCUCGUCACGCACAACGGGCGGUUGCUGGGCAUCAUCACCAAGAAGGACAUCUUGAAACACAUGGCCCAGAUGACCAACAGAGACCCAGACUCUAUCCUCUUUAACUGAGGCACACACACACACACUCUCUCUCUCCCACACACACACACACACACACACACACACACACACACACUCAUUCAUCCUCACCAUCUCCCCUGACUUCUCCCAUGGACAGGGAUGGAUGACACUUGGAUGACACACACCCGCAUGUGUAUGUGUGUAGGUGUGUAUCACCGUGACGAGGCCCCCCCACACCCCCCCCCCCAGGGUGAAGCACUUACCUGGGCAUGUCGAGACUGGAACCUCCCCUUCUCUGCAGCCCCCCUGGAGGAACCUUGUCUUUCUGUCCCCUGAAGCUACAAGGGCUAGACUUGUGAAGGAUGGAUGAGCAGUCAAACGUUUACAUAAGCCCAGGACUGGGGACUGAUUCCAAAUGUUUAUGAAGUUAAUGAAGGAUGUGUGUGUGUGCGUGUGUGUAAGCAAGGGGACUCUGCACCUCAGCACAGGAUAUAUCAGUGUGUGUUCCGAUGCGGAAAAAUAACACACUUUUACACACACACACACACAGAUGCCAACGCUGAUUCGCCACCAUCAAUGCUACAGUUGUACUGUUUUCAGAUUUUCACACACACACACACGGAUACUGACUUGCCACAGCUUUCUCACACAUAUUCAGGUCUUCUACUUUUUUCCUGUUUUCUCCUUCACCCCACCUCCUAAUCUGCCUUGAACGUGAGUGAAUUUGACCUUUGCUAAAAGUUGUAGCUAGCUUGUGUGUGUGUGUGUGUGUGAGAGAGAGAGAGGGAGAGAGAGGUGAGCUCACAUACUUUACCUCCUGUCCUUGCUUUGAGCUCGUCUUGGACUCUAAAUACUUGUGGGAACUUCCUCCACCAUUACCCCCCCCCCCCCCCCUCCCCUCCUAUCCCCCCCAUGUGAGGACUCUGAGAAGGCAGCCUCAGGUGCAUGGGAACCUGUGUGAGAGCUGCGCUACAGUGGCGUAUCGGGUUUAAAGUGACGUGCUGGAACUCUGAGGAGAGAUAAGCAUCGCUGCGCCCCGUGGUCAUACCUGCCUCCUCCGGCAUUUACCUCUUUCUCUCUCUCUCUCUCUCUCUCUCUCUCUCUCUCUCUCUCUCUCUCUCUUUCUCACUCUCUCUCUUCCUCUCUGUUUUGUAGUGUGUGUGUGUGUGUGUAGGAAGCCGCCAACCUUCAGGUAUGCCAUCCAUCAACUCCUGGGCUGUAGCCACACACACUUUUUUGUUUCAGCUGAAAUGUAGAUCUCUCUCUCUCUCUUUCUCUCUCUCUCUCUCUCUCUCUCUCUCUCUCUCUCAAAGCAAGAAAACCAUAAAUCCCUACUUAUCUUUAUUCUGUUACAUUAUUAAGUUCUCAAAUCAGCCAGUCGGGCAGGUCUGAACCUGACUUCAAAAUGGAGAGUAGCCAGAAUUUAAACAAAGUUUCACAGAGAUGAGAAGAGAAGGGGGGGGGGGGGGGGGGGGGGGAGCUGUCUAGCCAUCCAAAACCGCAGAGUAUAUGUUUCCCUGCUGUUCUUCCCCCCGGAGUUGUCUCUAUCAGUCAGUCAAGAGUUUAUGUUGCUUUACCACCAUCUCUAAACACAAAAAUGACGCGUCUAUUUUCCGUUGUGUUUUCCAAAAUAAGUGCCCUUAAUAUAAACAAAAACAGUCGUGCAAAUACAGAUAGGAGUCGUGAAUCACCAAAUAAAGUUCUCUGAAGCCUCGGAGGUUUGUGGAAAAGCUAUAGAGAGUGGCGGCUUUGAACUUCGGCGGCCAGUGUGAAACGAUGAUUAUAGUGUGCAUGUGUUCUUUCCCCCCCCCCUUUCUGUGGUCAGGAUGCUCACAAACAGUGAUCUGUCCAGUCGAGACAGGGACUCUGUUGUUUCUCAGUUGAAGGUCACUUGAGCUAUUUUGAAAGUCAUGUUUUUUAUUUUUCAACACCAAAAAAAAAAAAAAGCCGCAAGCUCCUCGGAUUCAGGCUUUUGUACAUAGCAGUCUGCAGUUGUUCUCCCAAAGUCCUCGAACUUAAGAGUGGGCCGACGUUUAUUGUCAGCCUGUCUUGCCUAAGCAAUCCCACGUUGUUCAGAUUGGUCUGGGGCCUAUUAGUUUGAGGUGUUUUGGAUUCGAUAGAGGAGUUCAUCACUACCCCACUAAACGUCGCUUCGCCCCCACGUCCCAGACAUCUUCUGUCUGAAAAGCCCAGCGUGUAGAUUGCACUAAUUGCUGCCUGAUUGAUUGGUCAUUAUGAUGUGGAACUUCAUUUGUUGACCAUUAGGGGCUGCUGUUGGGUUCAGGGGUAGUUAUGGUGGUGUUUUGGGGUGCUGGGCGUGUCUAUAUGUUUGCUGCUUUAGUGUGUGUGUGUGUGUGUGUGUGUUUGUGUUUGUUUAAGUUUAUGAGUGCUCUGUGUGUUUGUGUGCAUGCCUGUGUGUGUGUAUUUAAGUUUAUGGCUG